AUGCUGGUCCUGUCAUCAACUUCAACAUACAUACCUCCAGAACUAUUUGCUGUUUUUCGCCCUGCUCCUGCCCAGCCUGUCAUUGAACAUGGAAUACCACCUGCUGUACAUGAUCCGCAAUCUCUUGUGCAAUCUGGUUGGCAACAUGGCCCCAACCUUACUCUCGAUUCUUUCUGCAUGCUGUAUGGGCUUAGCGAGGAGAUCAGGACGAAGCUGCAUGAGAAUGGUUAUACUAGUGCUGACAUGCUGACCUUCAUCGUCGUACCAGAACUCAAGGAGAUGGGCUUCAAAUAUGGUGAGAUUGCAGUGCUGAAAGCAGCCAUGAGAUGGUGGUGCCAGUCACUGUUAAGACCAUGCACAAAGGGUAGGACUGAUUCUGAGGGGCUUGGCUUCAGCUCAUGCGCUGCGCCCCUUACCUGA